GCCGAGCAGUGACGAUCCAUCGUGCUGUUCGUGUGUCAGUUUCCGUCGAUAAACGUGUGCCCCCCGGCUGCACGCAUCGCGUUUCUCUCGGCGAACUCGCGAGAAGUUCGCGUUUUCAUCGUGGAUUUGAAUCGCGUAACAACGUACCCGCCUCAAGAUGAUGAAAUUCAAGCAACAGGGGCUAGUCGCGGACUUGAUGCCCAACAUAAGACUGAUGAAAGCUACUGGGCAUUUCAUGUUCAAUUAUUAUACCGACAAUUCUACGAAAACUAUACACAGAAUCUUCGCAAUUAUACACCUGAUCCUGAUGCUGAUGCAGUUUGGGUUCUGUGGUAUAAACCUAAUCUUUGAGAAAGAGGACGUGGACGAUCUUACGGCAAACACAAUCACGAUGCUGUUCUUCACUCACAGCGUGGUCAAGGUCGUUUACUUCGCAGUUAGGAGCAAACUAUUCUACAGAACCCUUGGCAUUUGGAAUAAUCCGAAUAGCCAUCCCUUGUUCGCCGAGAGCAACGCACGUUACCAUCAGGUGGCUGUGAGGAAGAUGAGAAUACUUUUGCUGGCUGUUCUAACAACCACGAUGCUGUCGGCCAUUUCUUGGACCAGCAUUACGUUCAUCGGUGAUUCCGUGAAGAAAGUUAUCGAUCCUAUCACGAAUGAGACCACCUACGUCGAGAUACCAAGGUUGAUGUUGCGUUCUUGGUACCCGUACAAUGCCAGCCACGGGAUGGCUCACAUCUUGACUUUGAUAUUCCAAUUUUACUGGCUGGUGUUUUGUAUGGCAGACGCAAAUCUUCUGGAUGUACUCUUUUGCUCGUGGCUCCUCUUUGCUUGCGAACAAAUUCAACAUCUGAAGAACAUUAUGAAGCCUUUGAUGGAAUUCAGUGCCACCCUGGACACUGUCGUGCCACACAGCGGGGAACUGUUUAAAGCUGGCAGUGCAGAGCAGCCGAGAGAUCGUGACCCAUUACCACCAUCCACGCCAACAGCACCGGGCGAGAACAUGUUAGACAUGGAUCUUCGGGGAAUAUACAGCAAUAGAACAGAUUUUACGGCCACAUUUCGACCAACUGCUGGAAUGACUUUCAACGGGAGUGUGGGACCAAAUGGAUUGACAAAGAAACAAGAAAUGCUAGUCCGCAGUGCCAUCAAAUACUGGGUUGAGAGGCACAAACAUAUUGUAAGACUCGUAACCGCAAUUGGAGACGCUUACGGUGUUGCUCUGCUGUUACAUAUGUUAAUUACCACCAUCACAUUAACUUUACUUGCCUACCAAGCAACAAAGAUAAAUGCAGUGGAUACAUACGCAGCUUCGGUAAUAGGUUACUUGUUAUACUCCCUAGGGCAGGUCUUUAUGCUGUGCAUAUUUGGAAACCGUCUCAUCGAGGAGAGUUCAUCAGUGAUGGAAGCCGCUUACUCUUGUCAUUGGUACGAUGGAUCAGAAGAGGCUAAAACUUUCGUGCAAAUCGUUUGCCAGCAGUGCCAAAAAGCGAUGUCGAUUUCAGGAGCGAAGUUCUUCACCGUCUCUUUGGAUCUCUUUGCCUCGGUAUUGGGAGCUAUGGUCACCUACUUCAUGGUGUUGGUGCAACUGAAGUGAACGCAGGAGAUUAUCUAUUUUAUGAUGGAACGUAGAAACUGGAAUGUUGGAGAAGAUGGAUUAUUGAAAUUAUCAGGCAAGA